CGCUUUCUUCCAGAGUCUUUCCCCAUCCGUAUCCGCCGGAACACAGAACUCCGCGCAAUUGGAGUCCCUUGAUGUCAGUCAACCGCUGCUUUGCCUCCACCUCUCUUGAUUCUCGUCUCUGCUGCACUUGGCGACCAUAUCGGCCGUCAGGGAAAGAAAUACCAACGGGAUGAGGGGAUCAUAGGCCAUGUAAAUACAAAACGUAAAAUGUUUACGAUUUCAUCGACACGUUGAUAUUCCGUUUGCUUUGCGAUUGUCGCAGUUAUGGUCCCGAUCGUAUCCCGUCCGUGUGUUUUAUCCACCACCGUCUCUAGCCUCGGGAAAAUGUACCCGACUAUUCUUGAUUGCAUUUUUUACGCAAACAAAAGAAGACACCAGAAAAAGCAAUAAAACACCACGGCAGAAGGAUCGUUCCAGGUGCCCCCACCUCAUGGAGAAGGUUGGCAAGGUGUGGAACAACCUGAAGAAGGGAUGUCAAUCUCUGCUCCACACAGAUGGGGGUUCUCGCAUUGAAACACCAUCACAGCUUCAAUCGCAAACAGACACAGUAUGCCAGAGUGUGGACAAGGCCCAGGGAGACAGCACACUGGAGGCUGCUAGUGCCUCUAGCAGUGUGGCAGCACUCCCUCUAGUGGCAUGGAGGACCAGUGGUGUGUCACGACAGGGCCAUAACUGUGUAGUGGAUGUACCUCAGAUACUAGAAAUCACAGUUGAGCCGGAUACCGAAGAUGCUCGUGCUCCUCUGGGAGGCCGCAGAGACUCUUAUUCACGUCAUGCACCUUGGAGUGGAAAGAAGAGACACUCAUGUUCCACUAAGGCUCAGAGUUCUCUGGAGACCACAGAUCGCCAAUCAGGCCGGUCUGGGCGCAGACAUGGGACUGUUUGCAGCCGUGAGGAACUGGCUUCAGGGGCAACACGCUCCCUACGGCAGCAGAUUCAUGACACAGUGGGUCUGUGCCUCCCACUGCGCUCAUCCUCUCGGAACAGUCACCUUCCACCACCCAAACGUAAGAUACAAAUCACAGAGCUGAUGCUGGAGACAUGCCCCUUUGCACCAGGAUCAGACCUUGCCCGAAAAUGGCACCUGAUUAAACAGCACACGUCACCAGUAACAGUGAUACCAGUGGAUUCAUCCUCAGGUGCUUGUGGUGCUACCUGUGCAUCACCGGAAGAUGAGGAGGAGCGCUUACGCGAAAGGAGACGACUCAGCAUUGAGGAGGGUGUGGACCCACCUCCAGAUGCCCAAAUCCACACAGUGGAGGCAAUCACAGCCCCCCUAACUUCCCUUUAUAAGCUGGGACCUAAAUUGGCCCCUGGAAUGAGUGAGGACCUAGGCGAUAUCCGAGGGGCAACAGCAGCUAACUGUGACUCUGAGGACGACGAUACCACCACUCUUUGCCUGCAAGCUCGCAGGCCCAAGCAGCGGCACACUUCGGCUGAGGGCCUCCUGAGCAGCAAGCAGUUGGGCCCUUGGAAAGUACACACUCAGAUUGACUACAUCCACUGCUUGGUUCCAGAUCUGCUGGAGAUCACAGCACUUCCCUGCUACUGGGGUGUGAUGGACCGUUAUGAGGCUGAAGCGCUGCUGGAUGGUCGGCCCGAGGGAACCUUUCUGCUGCGAGACUCUGCUCAGGAAGACUACCUGUUCUCCGUUAGCUUCCGUCGCUAUGGCCGUUCGUUACAUGCACGCAUUGAGCAGUGGAAUCACAACUUCAGCUUUGAUGUGCACGAUCCAUGCGUGUUCCAUGCAGCCACCGUCACAUCACUCUUGGAACACUACAAGGACCCUAGCGCUUGCAUGUUCUUUGAGCCGUUGCUCACUGUGCCUCUGCACCGGACCUUUCCAUUUGGCCUGCAAAGCCUAGCUCGAUCAGCCAUUUGCAAUGGGAUCACCUACGAUGGCAUCGGGGCAUUGCCAUUGCCCCCUGCUCUGCAGGACUACCUCAGGGAGUAUCACUAUAAGCAGAGGGUGCGCGUACGCUGGCUUGAAAGGGAGCCAGUCAAGGCCAAGUGAGGCAGGGCAGAUACUUCUCCGCUCUCCAAUAGGAGUAGUUUAUUCAGCACUUUGCAGAGGUGGAGGAAUUACAAUUUGUUUUGGUGGGGGAAAGGGGUUAAAUGUUGGGGAUUAUGUGUAUGAAAGGAGGGACCUGAAACUGAACAUGAUAUAUAAGCUUCUAACAUUUUUGUUAUCUAACAAACAAAGAAAUUAUAUAUACAGUGGCUCUCCAGUGUGCACAUUUCACUACAGCUUCUGGACUAGGAUAAAGCAGCAGAGGUCUUAGUCUCAUUUUCUACUACUUCAGUUUCAAUGGCUGUACUCUAGGGGAAAUCUGCAGAUACAGAUAUUUUCAUGCCCCUCCACUCUUUCACAUCCUAGCUAUAUGAUUUAUAACCAUUUCACUUUAUUUCUGUUGUACUGUUCACCUUCCAACCUAUCCUUAAUUUUCUUCCAUUAAAACUGCAUUGUUCAAGCUUA